AUGAGACUCGUAUCUGCGUUGCUACCGUUUGCGACCGCCGUUAUUGUGUCUGCUCGAGGCAAUGUCUUUCCGCAAGAGUCGUUUCAGGCCGAUACCGACAGCACGAAACACCUUACGCAUGAUCUGAUUGGCCUACAUGCUAAUCUCACGUCUAUCGAAUCCAUCACCGGCAAUGAGGAAGGUGUAGGAGGAUGGCUAGCUGAUAGCCUGAAGUCGCAAGGCUAUCAUGUCGUGAAGCAGUACAUUCAGAAGGAUCCUGCUCGAUUCAACGUGGUCGCGUGGCCAGGCAAAAGGAAGCAAGAUGUCAAAGUACUCGUGACUAGCCAUAUUGACACUGUACCACCUUUCUACCCAUACAAGCACGACAACGACAGAGACAAGACCAUCUCCGGCCGCGGCUCAGUAGAUGCCAAAGGCAGCGUCGCCACUCAGAUAAUCGCGGUCAACAUGCUCAUCUCAGCCGGCAAGAUCAAUGUCGAAGAUGUAGCACUCCUCUAUGUUGUCGGCGAAGAGACUGGCGGCGACGGUAUGCGCAAAGCAAACUAUCUCGGUCUAAACCCCCAAACUAUCGUCUUCGGCGAGCCCACAGAAGGCAAACUCGCCUCCGGCCACAAAGGCAAUCUCGGUCUCGUCCUUCAAGCAAAGGGUAAAGCUGCUCACUCCGGCUACCCAUGGCUCGGUCGUUCCGCGAAUGAAGUUCUGGUCAAAGCCCUAGCUGCGCUCAUGGAGCUGGGCCAGAACUUACCAGAGAGCGACAAAUACGGCAUCACGACCUUCAACAUCGGCAAGAUCUCGGGAGGGGUAGCCGCAAAUGUCGUAGCGCAAGAUGCCAAUGCCACGGUUGCUGUACGUAUCGCUGAAGGAACACCUAGUUCUAUUCGCAAGGAGAUCAAUAAAGUCACCUCCCUAGCCGUUCAAGGUUUUCUCGAGGACGAUAUGAAGGUCGAGGAUGUGAUUGAAGUCUCGUAUACGAGCGCUGGGUACGGACCAAUCGAUAUCGAUCAUGAUAUUCCUGGUUUUGACGCCAUGACUGUGAAUUAUGGCACUGACAUUCCUUGGCUUGAGAGCACGGUCAAAGGGCAGAAGAGGUACUUAUACGGGCCAGGGAGUAUUCUGGUAGCACAUAGUGAUCAUGAGAUGCUUACUGAGAAGGAAUUAUAUGGUGCCGUGGAUGGAUAUCAGAAGAUCAUCAUGAAUGCGGUCGGGGAAUGA